UUCGUCUGCCCAUCUUUCGGACUUCACAUAAGUUUAAGUUUCUCUCCUUCGUCGACUCUCCGUCUCCUCUUUUUUGACGGCGGCAGCUACAACAACACAACUUCUCUCCCUCUCUCCAAUUUUUGAUUAGGCUAGAUCCCAAUUUUUCGAGUUUUGAUUCUUCUCAUGUGGAUAUUCUCCUAAGCAGCAACUUUUUUGAGUUCUUCUUCGUCAUCUUCUGGGAAUUUGUGGUCAUCCCAUUUGUGCCCUGGAUUAUUUUCUUUCCUGGUUGUCUUCAGUGUGUUGGUGAUAUUUCCAAGCAACUGAUGGGGAAGAAAGCGAAGAAGAAGGCCCGAGCUCCAACAAAGGAGAUUCAGACCACCCCAUUUUCCAAGGAGGUCUCUGAAGACCCACCUAGUCAAGCCGGGGAAUUAGCUGAGGGGAAUGUUAAAGCAGUUAAGGAGACUAGAGCUUGUGUGCAUCUCGAUAAGGGUCUCAAUUUGGAUAAAGUGAUUGAUAAGAUCAAGUCUUCCCGGAAAAUUAAGUGUGCAGAAUGCAAGGAAGGGGUGUAUGGCAAGAGUGGAACUAAAGCAAAGGGCAAUAAGGGGAAAAAGGAUUUUUCUUCUUCUGACAAAAGAGCUAUUUGGCUUUGUUUGGAAUGUGGCUGUUAUGUGUGUGGGGGUGUUGGUUUACCAACUGGAGCUCAGAGUCAUGUUGUGAGGCAUAUCAGAUUGACGCGUCACCGAUUGAUGAUCCAAUGGGAAAAUCCUCAGUUAAGAUGGUGUUUCCCAUGCAAUUCACUUCUCCCUGUUGAAAAAGAAGAGAAUGGUGAGAAGAGAGACGUGCUGUUGGAGGUUGUUAAAUUGAUUAAAGGACAAUCUUUGAACAAUUUAGCGUCCACUGAUAUUGAAGACCAGUGCUCAGGAAGUGGUAGUAUCACUAGUGAUAUCAAAUUAGAAGGUGCUGUGACCAGUGGUAUAGAAGCUAGAGAUGGUUAUGUCGUGCGAGGUUUAGUUAACCUUGGGAACACAUGUUUCUUUAAUUCGAUAAUGCAGAAUCUUCUUUCUUUGGAUCAGUUACGCGGCCACUUCUUGAAGGAGGAUGGAUCUGGGGUCGGUGGGCCUCUUGCAUCUUCCCUGAAGAAAUUAUAUGCUGAAACGAAACCUGAGGCAGGCUUGAAGAGUGUGAUAAAUCCUAGAGCCUUUUUUGGGUCUUUCUGUUCUAAAGCACCCCAGUUUAGGGGAUAUGACCAGCAUGAUAGCCACGAGUUGCUACGCUGUUUGCUAGAUUCGUUGAGCACCGAAGAGUCAGCCUUGAGAAAGAAGCGUGGUGAUUCUGAUAAUGAUCAGAUAUCUACUCUCAUAGAUUCUGUAUUUGGGGGCGAAACUUCAAGCAUUGUUUCUUGUAUGGAGUGCGGGCAUUCCUCGAAAGUUUAUGAGCCAUUUUUGGAUCUCUCCUUACCCGUACCGUUCAAGAAAACCCCUCCGAAAAAGCCACAAACUAUUUCUCGAGCAAAAAAAACUAAGCUUCCACCAAAAAGAGUCCCUAAGAAUGUGUCAAAGGUAAGUAAGGUUUCAAAAGUUCUCCCAAGUAAGACUCUUUCGGAACCGAAUUCUCCUGGAAAAGCUUUGGUUGUCCUAGCUGAUUCGGAUACAUCCUGUUCUAGUUUUGCACACCUUGAUAAUGGUCCGGUUUUAGAGACUCCUCCAGUUAUAACCGUUGACAAUAAAGAGGCCUCAGAAAGUGCAACACAAAGUGAUACUGGUUUCGAUAGCUUCUGGUUGGAUAUUAUUGGACCAGAAACCUCUGGAGAUGAGACGAAUACGGAUAUGCCAAAAGAUGGUAUUGAUUAUGUCUCAACAACUGAGACUAAUCAAAUUGUUCCAGUUUCAGAGAAUCCGGCCAAUACCUCAGUUUCAUCAGGUGAUCAGACUUUGGAACGUAACACAGAGAGGCUGAUGCAAGAUAAUGAAGAAGUUGGAAAGGUGGAAGCCAGUUUGGAUGAAAAAGAUGUACAAGCUACGCAAUCUGAUGAAUGCCCGGUUACAAGUGGUAUUUCUGCUGAAAUCAAUCAAGCUAGUUGCAUCAGUGGUGAUCCUGGUAUAGGAGAAAGUUCUUCCUCGAUGAAUCCUUGGGACGAGGAAGAGCUUCCUUUGAUGGUUGCAGAUUCACAGAUAUUAUACAUGCCAUACAAAGAAAUAUCCUGUGAUGAUAAAACGGUUGCGCAAGGUGAGGCUUCAUCUUCAUUUGUUACUGGUGAUCAUGAACCACAAAACAGUGAUUUUGUUGAUUUUGGCGGUUUAUUUGAUGAGCCCGAGAUGACCGAAGGACCUGUUUUUGGACCUCCUUCCAAGGCUGAAGCUUCAGGAGUUGGUUUUAUGGCGUUUAGCAGCGAGUCUGAUCCUGAAGAAAUCGAUGACUCAGAUACACCGGUGUCUGUAGAGAGGUGUUUAACUCAUUUCACAAAGCCUGAGAUUUUAUCGGAUGACAAUGCAUGGCACUGCGAGAACUGUUCAAAGAACCUGAAACUCCAGCGGUUGAAAGAAAAGCAAAAAUCCAAAAAAGAUGAGUCAAGAUCAAGUAACAGUAGCAACGGAUGGCUGAAAGAAAAUGAAAAUGAAAUUGGAAAUGGAGUUUCUGGAGAAACUGAUGUUUUGGCUGUUACGCAAGAAACAAGUGAUAGUUGUAGUGCCAAGGAUCAUAGCACGAAUGGAAGAAAAGCUACAAGUUCUCUCUCAGCUAAUGAAAGCGAUUCCAAAGGAGCUCAAGAUGAAGACGAAGAUUCUGAGAAUCUGAUCACAGUAAAGAGAGAUGCAACUAAAAGAGUACUUAUAAACAAAGCCCCACCUGUCUUAACCAUCCAUCUAAAACGAUUCAGCCAAGAUUUGCGUGGUAGGCUAAGUAAGUUAAAUGGUCAUGUUGCUUUCAAAGAGGUCAUUGAUCUCCGACAAUAUAUGGACUCAAGAUGUAAGGAAGAAGACCCACCCGUUUACAGACUGGCGGGAUUGGUGGAGCAUUCAGGAACGAUGAGAGGAGGUCAUUACGUGGCGUAUGUUAGAGGUGGUCAGCGAGUUAAAGAGACUGAUUCCUCUUUAACGACGUGGUAUAACGUAAGCGAUGCAUAUGUUCGUCAGGUUUCGUGGGAAAAGGUUCUGCAUUCUGAAGCGUAUAUCUUAUUCUAUGAACGGAUCUUCCCACAAGACUGAGAUUAUUUUGUUUCCAUUAUACUGAAAAAGAAAAGAAGAAAACCAGUUUUUGAUCUUCUUCUCUACAGCUUUUGCUGGGAAAGUUUUUGACGAUCACAUUAGAUCAAAUACCAUUAAUUUUGUUCUUCUUCUUAUUAUAUUAAUGAUGUUUCGGAGUCGUGAAAGCUUCA